CCCCCCGCCGCCUUGGGUUUGGAAGAGCAGAAAAGCCGGAGUAGAGGGCGAUCCCCGUCACAGUCGCGGGCAGCACCACGAGCACGCGAGCCAUGGCGGAGUCACUGCGGCGCCUCGCCAACAGCGGUGCGUACGGAGCCCUGCAGGACAGGCUGGACUCCUGGCAAGACGACUUCCACCUGAACACCUGCAACGAGAACCUGAGCCGCUGCUGUGAGCUCAUCGAGAUGACUUCGAAGGUGCAAAACCAGCUGUUUAACAUCAUGAGCAGCACGGCCAACAGGGGUGGGCCCACAGCUGGUGCGGAGACCAUCAAGUCCCGCUUCCUGCCGUGGCUGAGCAGCAGCUUCACCGUCUCCCCGUGUGUGUCGCCCGACACAAGCCUCACCCUCAUCCGGGAGGCAGCAGAGAAGGAGCGACAGCUGCAAGACCUGAGCACGCGUCACAUGCGGGAGGUCGGGUCACUGGAGUCGGAGCUGCAGUCCACGCACCAGGCGCUGAGCAACGCCAAGCACCGGUUGCAAGAGACGACCUAUGACCUCGAAGAUGCAAAGACCAAGUCGGCUACCACCCUCCUGGCUUCUGAGGAGGAGAUCCUUCAGCUGAGGGCCGACCUGCAAGCGGCGCGCGAGGAGGCCGAGUUGAACCGUCGCGAGCGCGAGGACAGCGAGAGGCAGGCGCGGUACCUGCAGGCCGAGAUGGCGACGCUGCAGCAGGAGAAGGCUCGCCUGCUGGAGCGCAUGUCGGGAUGGCUCUCGACGCCGUGCCGCGGCCGCAGCCCUUCGCCUCGCCGCAGCGCGUCCCCCAUCCGCUGCUCCUCGCCGGUCCGCUGCUCCUCGCCCAUCCGGAGCUGCUCCCCGAUUCGCAGCUGCACGCCGACGCGCGCGCGUCUCACCAACGCGUCGCGACAAACCCGCCUCGUGGCCCGAUUCAACUCCAUCUACGCGGGCGACCGGCUGGACGCGCAGAGCCUGCUGCUGCGUUACCACGAUGACGUGGAGACCGUGCAGCGCAUCAUCUUCAUCGCCACCGUGGAGUCGUUCCGCGCAGCCAAGGCCGCCUUCCGCGAGCUGCGAUUGCGCACGCGCAAGGCGCUCGCGUCGACGCACACGGGGCCCGAGAGCAUGGAGGAAGCCGUGCUGGACUACAUCGUCCGCAACCUGGACCUCUACGAUGUGCAGAGCAGCGUGGCCGACGUCAUUCGGGAGCUGCACGCCGAUCCGCGCAUCUCCUUCCCGCCCGAGGUGGAGUUUGCGCUGCUGGCGGGCUUCGUGCGUGAGCUGUGCCGCGUCGCCUUCGAGAUGCAGGCGCUGGAGCCCACGCUGGACGUGGCUCUCGCCGUCGAGGGGGAGCUCUACAACGAGCGCAAGUACCGGCGCAGCUACGACUCGGAGUUCUCGGCGCCGCUGGUGGCCUGCCACGUGUGGCCGGCGCUCAUGGAAGGGGGCAACAUCGUGGCCAAGGGGGAGGUGGUGACACGCCGCGGUGCACUGACCUCUGGCCGACGCUCCCGCAGCAGGAACUCGAGUCCGGUCCGCUCGCACUCCCUGAGUCCGCACCGGAGCAUGCGCAGCCGGAGCCCGUCGCCGAUCCGAAGCCUCAGCCCACGUCGCUAAUCCCUGGAGGAUGUGCAAGCAGCAUGGAGCAAGAAUAGUCAUGUGAAAGUCUAGAUACACCGUUGUGCAACUGAAGAGGGCGCAAUUAUACUGUGCAUAAAAUACGUACACUCACAGACACGUGCAGUACACAGAUUCACACACACACAUCUACACAUACAAAUCUAUACAUACACACAGAAAGCAAACAAAUUAAAUCACGGACAUCCUUUGACACAUGGCAGAUCCCCCUUGGAGUCCAACUAAACUGUUACAGCAAGUGUAGUUGGAGAGCACCUAUUAAGGCCUGCUCCGUGCACGUCGAGUUGUUGUGGCGAGCAUCACGUCCAGCCACCAUUCUCCUCCCCAGGGUGGAUGUUUACAGACUGCACCAGGUACUCAUUUAAGACCGAGUCAGUGAGCCACUACGCGUCGCGUAUACGCGUGUGACAAAACACAGCAGUAGCACAGCGGUACGCGCACUGCACUACGAACCCGGUGGCCAGAGUUCGAUUCCCGCUCACGGCCAUUAUCGUUGAUGGAUAUCUGAACUGGUGCCGGGCCUCUCUUAGGUUGGCUCAGCCUUAAUUGAGAACCUGGUGAUGCGUGCAAACAUCCCCGCUGGGGAGACACAGGUGAAGUGGCGUGGUGCGAGCCGCCCAUCCCCUCGUGUGCCGCGUUGGCUGCCUUCACAGGUGCUCGCUAACAGCACCUGCCCCAAAGUCUGUAAAAGCUAUCGGGGGCAUGUUUGUCUUCGUAUGUCUUACUCGCAUCUGCACGUACAUGUACACACAAAACACACAUAUCUAUGCUGUGAAAAACAAAACUUUACAUUGUUAAAAUUGUGCUAAUUUUUCAUUAAGAAAAUAAUUAUUUUCUUAUUCAGAUAUCAUCUGCUUGAAAACAAAAUCUUAACAUAUAAUUAGACCUUUUUUAAAAGUAAUUAUAUUCAUUGUUAAAUCUACAUUUUUGAUGUUCUUGUGAAUGAAAUUUUUAAAAACUAUUUAACCAAAUCAAGUUUUUAAACAACGGAUAGUAUUUUGACUGGGUUUUGAAUACCCUGGGGGCCGAGGGGGUGUGUGUCUAUGCGAGCUCUCAUUCAAAUGUUUUCACUGCUCUGUGAAAUAAAUCGCGACGUCAAGUUUAUAACUUACCACGCACUGAUCAAGAGCGCAGCAGCAGCAGGGAAGAUUUAUACGGGUGCCUGUAACAUAUCCAGCCUUUUACAUUUCAUUUUAAUCCUAGGACAUUUCUAGAGCGCAUUGAGUUACAACACCUAUGCCACGUGACUUGAAUAAAACACGCUGAACUACGGUGAUUUUAUAUACAGUACAGUAUUUGUUUUUAAACAAAAAAAUGCCUUUGACACCGACCAGGAAGUUUACACCGUUUGGGUAUCCAACGCCCAAGUCAAAAGAUCCCAGCAGCAGCAUAAUCAGCGGCAGCAUCAUCAUCAGCAUCAUCACCAGCAGCAGCAUCAGCAUCAUCAGCGGCGGCAGUGUCUCUCCUGCUGCCCAACGAAGCGCGCGCCAUCUGUAGGGGAGCAGAGACGUCCAGACAUCGAGACAGACAAAAGUGGCGCCCCCCCCACUCCCCCCGGCCCGCAAGAAGUCGGCGACGGGGUGUGGAGGGCGGCCCAGCGCGCCUCCAGUUCCAUCCACGCCGCCCGCACAAUCAUCACCCAAUGAAUAGACGAAAUAUUCAUGGCCACGAAACGAAAACGGCAGCUUUGAGCAGUACACGCGCCCGGUCGUCACCAUUCUCACGUUGCCUUCCUCCAGCGAUGCCGUCUGUCUGUAACUCAGGAUUCGAUUGUAUCUGUGCGUCCCAACACCGCCGCGGACUGCAGGCCCCUAGCGCGCAACCCUCCUCCCUCCAUCCCUACACACAUUGGUGCUUUUGCGCGUUUUCAUUUUAUUUUAUUUACAAACGCGAAUUACCUGCACGAGUCACUUUUGCUUCAUUCUUGUUGCUCACGUGUGGCAUGCAGUGUCCAAUCCCAAUGCGUUAAAAACAGGUUUUUUUACUGUAAUCAUUUCUCGUAGUUCGAUUUGUAUUGAUCAUUGUUGAUGAAAAUAAAACUUUGAACUUCA